GCAGGACCACACUCGUAGGAGCAGGUAUAAAGGGUGAAGCCAGCACUGGCUACCACAGCUCCACCUGCCCUCAAGAUGAAGCCUAGCAGCCUUACCGUCUUCCUGGUGAUAUUUGCCUUUGGAUUCCUGACGCCCUGGGUUGUGGAAGGUGGUUUCAAAGAAAGAUGUAAACCUGGAGCCUGCCCCUUCCAACGCCUUGUGAAGUGCAUUGGCUAUGAACCCUCUGAAUGCCGGAAUGACUGGCAGUGUCCACGAAGGCAAAAAUGCUGCUCCAACGCUUGUGGCCGCAAAUGCAUGGAUCCUGUAUUCGCGGAAGACUCAGAGUUAAAUGUGCCAGCGCCAUUUGCAUACAAUUAGCACUUCCUGGUCUGUGUGAUUUGGGGAUUACCUUUUUCCGCCAAGCCUGGAAAAAAAUGAGAGCACCUUGGUGAAGAUGUGGUUUUGUGACCAAUACCUCCUUGGAGGCCAAGAUUUGGCCUGUUUUAUCUAUGUAUCCCCAGCAUCCAACAUGAAGCUUGGCACACGACAGGAGAUGUCUGCUGAUUAGUAAAUAAAUAAAUGUACCAGGUUUUCUCUG